AUGCCUGAAGGCCGCAACUCGCCCGAGCCCGAGCGCCAAACCGGCGCACAGGUGCACGACGUGAUGGGAUCCGGCCAGACUUCGUCGGAUCAUGACGCGAACAAGCAUUCGGAACAGUCUGGCAGCAGCACCGGAAACCUGACAUCUAACCCAAAGGGUCCGUUGGAGGACGUGGUGAAGGAGAAGUUUGACGGGAAACUGCGCGAGUAG